AUGAACCACGAGGGCGACCACCUCGCGGUGGAAAGGGCACCCUCCAAGCGACAGGAACGACGGUCGCAGGAGGUUUGGGCGGACAACCUGGCAGAAGAAAUGGCUAGGAUGGUUGAUGUUGCCGAGAACUUUCUGUACGUGGCAUUGGACACGCAGUUUGGGGGCCUUGUUCUACAGCCAAAAGGGCCGUUCACCUCCUUGUCGGAGUACCACUGGCAAACUUUGAAGGCCAAUGUGGACCUGACAAAGGCAGCUUGUUUGUUUGCUGUGAAUUGGCGCAGACUGGCUGUUGAUAUAUGGUGUAUGAAAAUGUAUUCAUGUCACUGUAUAUGCAUGGGUGCUCGAUGA